AUGUCGUCAAGCAGCGGCCCGCAGCCAGACUCAGCCAUGUCGUCAAGCAACGGCCCGCAGCCAGACUCAGCCAUGUCGUCAAGCAGCGGCCCGCAGCCAGGACAGCCAGGCCGGUCUGCGGCUCAAGCCGCCAAGCUCAACUACUAUAAGCUCGGCGACACGAGCAAAAUCCUGAAUGCCGAUUUACCGGAGGCCAAUGACAUAGAGACUCUGUAUCGAGAGAUGGGUUCUUGUGUGCUCUCCAAAUGUGAAGAGCUCGAAAUCCUGAAGGAGGAUUGCAUGGAGCUACGUGUUGCUACCAUGUACUCCGGAACCGACGCGCCCAUGUUCGGUCUCGAGGCUUUGCAAGAUGCCCUCAAGGAAGAGGGCAAAUCUUUGUUCAAGCUCACACAAGUCUGGGCUUGCGAAAACAACCCCCAGAAACAGGCUUUCCUGUUUCGAAACAGGGACAAGCCAACGAUCUUUGCCGAUGCUGUUGAUCUGAGCGACCCUGCCGCGACAGAAGCCAUGACGGCUGCUGGACAUUACGCACCCAUUGACAAAUACUACGAUGUUCUUGUGCUAGGCAGCCCGUGCAUCGACUUCUCGUCUUUGAACGCUUCAAAGCCCGAGAAUAAGAAAAUUCUCGCAUCUCUCCUGGAGGAGCAUGACAUCAACCUGGAGCCUCCUCCUCAUGAUCAGAGAUGGCUAGCACAUGACAACAUGCCUGCCUUCCUGAAGGAUGGAGUCAUGUCCAAGAUUGGAGAAUCACAGAAGCUGAUCUUCGCAGCUUUGUCUGUUAUUCUCCACCACCGCCCUACCGUCGUCAUCAUGGAGAACGUCCAUGGUGUGCCUUUCGAGACAACCACUAUCUAUCUUGCUCUGAUUGGAUACCGGGCGAAGUUUGAUUCCUUUGACUCCAAGGAUUACGGCCUGCCUCAGACAAGGCUGCGAAAGUAUCUCGUGGCCGUUCCUGACGAGUUAUACGAGGACCACGCCACAGAGUUGCUGUCCAUGGCUUUCAAACUUGCCGAAUACCUGAAGCGUCCAGCUUCGUCUCCCGUCGACAAAUUCCUGCUUGAAGUUGACGACCCGCGCGUCAUCCGGUACAAGGCAGAGUCUGACCGAAAGUUUGAGAGCUUUCUGUCCCGAGACGGCGACUGGUGCUUGUCUGUGGAUCGGCACCGAAAGUUUCAGGCUGAAUGCAAUUUGCCGAGGACUCACAAGUACACGAUGCUCGAGCUGAAGGGCCAGCGCGUGUGCUCUGUGACCCCACGCGAUAGAUCGUGGAGGGCCUGGGUGUAUGGCCAGCCAGGUCGCGUCCUCGACUUUCUGGACAUCGCUUACCAGGUUGGCCUUGAGCUGGAUUUUGACAUGUCAUACAAAGUCGGCACCCUUGAGCUCAGCCAGAAUGUCGAUAGGGGCAAGUUGAUGCAGGUCGGCAUCAUCGGAUGCUGCACGCCCAGUGGCAUGAUGUUUUGCACGAGCCAGGGCCGACCGAUACUCGGAAUUGAGGCUCUCCUUCUGCAAGGCAUUCCCAUCAACAAGCUCACCUUGUCGACGGAAUCCAAUCCUUUCCUGCAGGAGCUUGCGGGAAAUGCCAUGACGACCACUGUUGUAACCGCUAUCAUCAUGGCAACCCUCAUGGCCGAACGCCGUGUUUGCCCGAGGGGGUUCAAUAUCUUCCCGGCACCCGCCAACGGCAUUCUGCCUCCGGUGAUAGUUCCUUUAGAGCACACUUAUUGCAACAACCGGAAGCUGAUUUCCGGCAUCGCUCACAAGGCCAGGGAGUCUCCGGCAUGGUCGACCUCGAAUUAUGUCAGGACGUCUGUGGAAGCCGUGAUUGACAUCCUUAUCCGGGGCAAGCGGUACUGCUAUUGCAAUGGGCCUUUCCUGACCAAAGACCACCAUUGCUCAAUCCUCAAGUGCUCUGCAUGUGGCGGCACAGCCUGCGAUACGACGGCUGGCAAUCCUUUGCACGUGAUGCAAAAGUGGUCGCCAGGACACGGAAAACCAGACUUUCACUUGCUUUCCAAGUCUGAGACCCUUCAGCGCCUCCGGAGCAUCUUUCCUGGACGACUGCUCUUGCUCAACUUCCCUCAGCUGAAAGAAUUGACGUUCUAUCUGAAGGAAUGCAAAGUGACCGAGGAGAUCACCUUGGUCUACAUGGCCAAGACUAUGUGCCUUCGGGCAGUCAUCAAAAUGCAUUGUGUUGCCUGGUACUUGUUUCCCCUACCUGACCAGGAGGCGGGUGCAAAGUUUGGUUAUGGAGCUCUGGAGCAGCCCAUUGGCAAAGUUGAGCUUGACAUGGCCUCGGACCAUGUGAUUCCAGAGUAUACGGACCAGUUCUGCAUCUGGAUACCCACGGAGAACAACGAGAUCGAGCUGGUUGUUACUCGGAGCAAUGAUGGGCUCAAGAUCGCCUUUGACAACAUGGAUUGUGGAGAUGAGUUCUCCUACAUCCGGUCUCUGGUCGAGGGAAGCUAUUAUAGGCUGCCACACUGCGGCACCGCCGAGGACUCUUUGUUCAUUCACGAGGGCGAAGAGGUAUUUCUUUUCAAGGAGUGCUCCCGUCUCGGGCCCGUUGAAGAUGACCACUUUGUCUUUGCUCAUGGCAAAUCUCAGCUUGAGGACUUUGAGUAUCGCGAUGUGAUCCUCCACUGCAGACCCGACUUCAAACCCCACAAACAGUUUGACUUUCAGACUAAGCGACACCAAGUGGUCCUAAUACCUGAUCAAGCUCUGGCGGAGCAUGAGAAGCUCUAUGUCGGACACUCAACUUCGAUUACCGAGGGUCUGGGAACCUGUGACGAGCGCAGUGCAAAGUUGGUGGCAAUGAUGCAAAUCCCCGUCGUGGACUGUACCACGGAAGGCUCCGCCAUCACUCGACUCAUGGUCGAGCACAAGCUCGCCUGCGGUCCGUCUCUGAGCAGAGACCAGCUCUGGCAUACGAUUCACCGUUCGGAGCUCUCUGAGUUUGUCAGGAGCAUGAACUUUGCGUUCAAUACCCCAUUCGCCUUUGAUAAUCAGGGGCGGCAGGUCUGGGACAUCCCGCUGAUGUAUGAUGAUCUCUGCUCAACGUGCAUCGUGCCUUCACCCGGAGUACACCUACUUCUCAACGCAGCAGGCAAGAUUUUCCUCAACGAGGAUCCAGACGAGGCAAAGGUCUAUGACGAGACUCUGAAAGGUCUACCUUGUCCGUUGGUCGUCCAGGCACAGAUUCACCUUCCUGGAAAAGACAAACCCCAGGAGAUCACCAAUCAACAUGAUAGAAACGUGUGCUUUUUGCCGACUGGUGUGACCGAACAGAUAUCUGUCCAGUUUAAGCAUGAUUUUCUUCUUUUCAUUCGGAUGCUCACCUAUCCCCGAACCUUGGCGCAUCGGGCCAUGGCUCACCUGUUCUCGGAACUCCGUCACCGGAAGAUGACGCGCGAGGCUAUGGCGCAGGGAACCGCGCUGACUUAUCGCUUUGAGAAUGGCUUUGUCCCGGCACCGAGGCCGGACUUUCGCCCGCUUAGGGAUUCACUUCGAUCCGCCAAUGCCGGCUUCAAUGUCGGAAUCGACGUUGCGUACAUGAUAUCCGAUCGGCACUUGACUCUGCGACAUAUGCUUCUUCCCUUGGUCGAUGACCAAGGACAGGCAGUCGUGUGGAUGUACAAUCGGGAGCUCAGCCCAAUGCCUUUCCCCGAGAAGGAGGUUGAAGAAUCUGUUGUGGAGCCUUUGCACCUCAGAUUGUCGGGGACUGCGACCCACAGCCAUGACACGUCGAGGCUGAAUAGCCGUGGAGGCGUUGCUGCACACCAUAUCGGCUAUGGCAAGACAAUUCUAGUCCUGGCUCUUCUGGAUUUGCAAUGGACCUGGGACCGCACCUUGUCCAUGGCAGAGCGGAGCCACCUUCCCCUCCUCAACUUGCAUGCAACUCUUGUCAUCGCGCCCGCCGCCAUCGUGCAACAAUGGGGAACUGAGGCACGGAAGUUCCUAGGAGACAAAUACGUGAUUCUGCGAUGGGAAAAGAUCAAGGACAUCCCGACUAAUGUGACGGACUCACGCCUCCGGAAGGCUGACAUGAUCAUUGUGAGCGAUGCGAUCUUCACGCCACCGAAGACGAACAGGGGCAAGACUUUGCCGUACCAUAGUCGCCUGCAACUUGUUUCCGGACAGCCUUUUGUACCUGAAGCGAACUCUGAGCGCGAGUAUGAGAAAUGGUACCAUGAUGCCCUUGAGAAUCUCUCUCGCGCCAUGGAACACUACCAGGGCGGCGAUCGCUCCGAGGAGGACAUGUCUGCCUUUGUCCAGGAUCUGCGUCGUAAGAAGUGGAACGACAACGUCAAAAUGCUCAACAAACUCCACAAGAAAGAAGGGAACAUGCCCGCGGAGCCCAAAGAGAAGUUCUUCCAGAGCUUCUGCCUUGAAAUGUGCAGCUUUGCUCGCAUUGUCUACGAGGAGUUCUCUUACGCCAACCCCGCGAUCGCUUGCCUGGUGAAGGGAUUGACGGCCAGCUCGAAGUGGCUUCUCUCGGGCACACCGCCCUUGGACUCCCUGCAGAGCGUGCACAAGACUGUAGCCAUGCUGGGCGCUCACAUCGCGCGGCCCGAGCCAUGCGUGGUUGAGGGGCUCCCCAAGAUGGCCCAGGGACCAGUUCUUGAGCCCAUGACCAACGCCGAGAAGUUCCGCUCGUUCAAGGAGCUGAAGUCUAUCGACUUCUCGCUCGAGCGUCUCGACCAAGCCCGCCUCGGCAUUUCUCACUUCUACCGGUCGAACCGGUACUUCCACCAGCUGCCGACGCGCGAGACCGAGAUCCGUGUCGUCAUGUCCCUCGCCGAGGCCACCGCAUACGGCGAGCUCGAAUACAAUCUCAGCUAUACGGGCAACAACUUUGACGCGCUGCCCGAGAACCUUCGCAUGUCACUUGCCGGCAACAUCGGGUUCAUGGAGGAUGGCAAGGUCUUGUCGAGGAGGGCUCUGUCGGAGCGCGCCUCGAGCCACCUCGGUGAUAUUUUCGUCAACGAUCCCGACUUGAGCGGUCAUGUCGGAACCGAGUUCGAGCUCGUGCACCACCUCUUCAAGAAGCAGUUGAAGCAACUUGCUCAUCUGGCACGCCUGAUGAAGUGCGACUUUGACAAGCUGAUGUAUCUGUCCUAUCGCCUGGAGAACAAUAAGGACCUGUUGGGGGGGGACGUUCGUGGCUGUGCCGACAAGACAAAGGACGCCAUCGAGUGCGUCAAGAUGUUCAUUGGGGACUUGCUUCAGCAGGACAACAUUGACGAGUACGGCGGUUCGCAGAUCAAGGAGCUGAUGCUCCGUAUCUUCACCGGCACCGAUCCCCAAACCAAUUUCGGACCUGAGCAUGUCGCUCUAGCAAAAUGGACGUUCGAGGCGUGGCUGAUGGCCAAUGAGGGCUUCGCCCUGUAUACGCCUUUUGACUUUUUCUUCAUGGAAGAGAUCCUCGACAACCAGACUGCCGCUCAGAAUCUCACGGACAAUGACUGGCGGACCCUCGCUCGGGAGCUCGCUUUCAUUAGAGAGCGCCAGCCCCUGGGCACCGCCCAGGGCAGUGUGGCGAAUGACAUGUUCCUGCUGCAUUUCAGGCCGAUGACACAGCAGGGUCGAGCCACCGGACAAGAUCGCGCCGCCCUGUACGACUCCAUGGACAUUGCGUCCGUGAAGGAGGCUGUCCGUGGCUUCAUCCGGAACCUGCCGCGCGCGGGUUGGAACUCAGACGUCACCGAAGACGAGAUCGAGGGAAUGAGGGCAGCAGAUCUUCGCAUCCUGUGCCGCAAGAAGGGCCUCACCGUCGGGGCGCAGACCACUGCAAAGCUGAAAGAGCUCCUCAUUAAAGAUGCUCGAGAAGAAGCAUCUCCCAAGGACUAUGACGAGAACCGGAAGAAGGAGGGCGUCAAGGAGGAAUUCCCAAAGCACGAGAAGAUCACUGUUCGCAGCACCAAGCUCGACAAGGUUGCCAAUGUCGUGCUCUACCUCAAGCACACCAUCAUUGAGCAUAGCAACCAGCUCUCCGAGGCUGCUCAGCGAGCACGAUACCUCGCCAAGUUGCUGGAGCUCAACAAGCACCUGGACCCUCAGCAGUUCACAUCCCACAAGUGCGACAAGUGCGCCAACGUCUACCCUGACAAUGAACUCUCGCUUUCACCGAUGUGCGGACAUUGCGUCUGCAACAAUUGCUGCGCGGGCGUCGUCGAUCGCUGCCCGUACGAACAGUGCAACACUCACUGGCUGGGCGUCCGGCCCAAGGUGCUGAGCGACCUGCGAGAUCCGAGCUGCCACUACUCCGGCGCGCUGAGCCUGGGCCAGCAGAGCUCCAAGAUGUCCGCCGUGAUGGCCAAGAUUCUUUCCAUCCCGAAGGAAGAGAAGAUCGUCAUCUUCAUUCCGUUCGAGGCCAUGCGCGCGCAGGUCGUCGGCGCGCUCCAGAGCCGAGAGGCUGACAUCGGCCCCAUCACUGGCGUCGAUCCGGCGAACAUUGGAAACGACAUCGAGGCUUUCAAGAACGCGACGACUGGAAACCAUACCCAGGCUGGAAACGACCCCGAGGCUUGCGAGGAGGCGGACGAAGAGCUCCGCGCGAUCGUCCUCUUGGUCGACAGCGCAGACUCUGCCGGCAGCAAUCUCACCAACGCCAACCACGUCAUGUUCGUCGCGCCGCCGAUCCGCAAGGACGAGGACGGCUUCAACAUGAUCAUGGAACAGGCCAAGGGCCGGUGCAUCCGGCGCGGGCAGGACAAGACGGUGCACGUCUACCACUUCUACACGGCCGACACGAUCGACGAGAAGAUCCACAAGGCGCACUACCCGGACAUGGAGGCGGAGCCGCCCGCGAGCGCCGGGGUGCCCGUGGCCCCGAUGCUGCCCGGCGGCUACGGCUACGCGGCGCACGACUUCGAGAGGGACCUGCGCGAGAUCGACGUCUACGUCGAGGGUCGCCCCGCGGGAUCGCGGCCUCCCCUCGAGGGCACGUACGACGCGGCGCUCGGGUUCCUGGACCGAGCGGAGCGUGCGGAGCGAGAUAGACUUGACGAGGAGACUGAGGACGAGGAUGGUGAUGCCAUGCAGGUUGAUGGCGAGAAUGUUGACGACAUGAUGGAUGUGGAUUAG